UUACCAAAAUUAUUAAAUUGUAAACAUAACUGAAAAAAAAAUUAUUACCGAUUUAAGAAGACUUUUCUUGUUAAAAACGUUUUAGAAAUACGCCCCUGGACAUUGGGUCGCCUCUAAAAUAGUUUGGGAUUUGGUCAAGUAUUAACCAAUGAAGCAAAGAGGUAGUGCCAGUUGAAAGAGGGUCGUGAAGUCAGGGAGUACGCGCUGGACUCGGCAGGUUAGACGAACCUUGUUGCAACCGAAGUUUACCAUGUCUGCGACUCUGUUUGAAUCACUGGAGAAGACGCUGGAAAAACACAUCCCCCCCGAGGAGCUUAAAGAAGUCAAACGGAUUAUGUACGGGAAAGACACCAAGACAAUAGAGUUGCCCCAAUGUGCCGUGGAGGCUGCUGCGGAAAGGGGCUUUGAUCUCCAGGGCUCUGCAUUCAGUGCUUCUUUGGAGCAGCUGCGUCAGCCCCGCAUCGUCCGUGUGGGACUCAUUCAGAACCAGAUCGUCCUCCCUACUGAUGCACCUGUUAUAGAGCAGAUCACUGCCUUGCACAAGCGGGUAGGAGAGAUUGUCGAAGUGGCGGCCAUGUGUGGGGUCAACAUUAUCUGCUUUCAGGAAGCCUGGACAAUGCCCUUCGCCUUCUGUACCAGGGAGAAGGUGCCCUGGACAGAGUUCGCUGAGUCAGCCGAGGAAGGACAAACAACACGCUUCUGCCAGGAGCUUGCUAGGAAGUACAACGUGGUGGUGGUGUCCCCGAUACUGGAGCGUGACGAGGUCCACGGAGAGACCUUGUGGAAUACCGCCGUGGUCAUCUCCAACUCCGGCAGCGUGCUGGGCAAGACACGCAAAAACCACAUCCCACGUGUUGGGGACUUCAAUGAGUCGACCUAUUACAUGGAGGGGAACACUGGACACCGAGUGUUCCAGACCCAGUUUGGGAAGAUCGCUGUGAAUAUCUGCUACGGGCGGCACCAUCCACUCAACUGGUUCAUGUACAGCCUGAACGGGGCCGAAAUCAUCUUCAACCCCUCCGCCACUGUCGGGGAGCUCAGUGAACCAAUGUGGCCAAUCGAAGCAAGAAACGCAGCUAUCGCCAACCACUGCUUCACCUGCGCCAUCAACAGAGUGGGAACGGAGCAUUUUAAGAACGAGUUUACAUCAGGAGAUGGAAAGAAAGCACACACAGAUUUUGGCCAUUUCUACGGCUCUAGCUAUGUGGCCGCCCCCGAUGGCAGCCGCACCCCUGGCCUGUCCCGCACACGAGACGGGCUGCUGGUGGCUGAGAUGGACCUUAACCUGACCAGGCAGAUCAGCGAUAAAUGGAGCUUCAAAAUGACAGGCAGGUACGAGAUGUAUGCGGAGGAGCUGGCGAAGUUUGUUCAACACGACUUCAAAGCGAACAUCAUCAAGGAGUGAUCAUAGGCCCAUGGCUCUGAUUGGAUAGCUACCCAGGACACACAGCCAAACCUGCCUUUUACAAGUGGUGUACCGCACCAGUUGUGCAGUGACCAACUAAAAGGGUUACAGAACAUGUACAGUUUACCUUUGCCGUGUCCUGCGUUGUCUGUAUCGCAGUAAUAUUUGUUGUAACAUAAUGUCACGAUUGUCUUAAAGCAGGUGGAAUGAAACCAAACAGAAUAAAGAGUUGUUUCGCAAGUUA